GACUGGUCUGCUGCCAAAAAGAAACCAGAUAAUCGGCCAUUUUGGUGUUUGCUUUACGGGAAUAACGUGGCUGUGAGCCCCUUGUAAAGCAAAAUGAAGAUCGGUCUCUGUGCCUACAGUGGAUACAAAAUCUACCCCGGCCAUGGCAAAACCAUGGUCAAAGUUGAUGGAAAAACCUUCACUUUCCUCAACUCCAAGUGUGAAGCCGCGCAUUUGAUGAAGCGUAACCCCAGGAAGGUCACAUGGACCGUCCUCUACAGGCGUAAACACAAGAAGGGUCAGGAGGAGGAGCAGGCCAAGAGGAGGACACGCCGUACCCAGAAGUUCAACCGUGCUAUCGUGGGUGCAUCCCUCACUGACAUCUUGGCUAAGCGAAACAUGAAGCCUGAGAUCAGGAAAGCCCAGAGAGAACAGGCAAUCAAGGUCGCCAAGGAACAGAAGAAAGCCGCUAAAGCCGUGAAGAAGGCUGCAGCUCCUCCCAAGACAAAGGCCACAGCCAAGAAGGACAAAGCCGCCAAGGUUACGCAGAAGGCCGCACCGAGGGUGGGAGGAAAGCGAUAAAUUUUUCUGUUUUAACAAUAAAAAAAUAAAAAAAAAUAAAGUGUAAAAAUGACACUA